AUGACGUCCUUGGGAGAAGACUUGCUGUCUACUGUUAAUAAGUUGCAGGAUUUGGUUUUUAACACCAUUGGCAAUGAUUCCCUCGACUUGCCUCAGAUUGUGGUAGUCGGCUCACAGUCCUCCGGAAAAUCUUCUGUUCUUGAAAAUAUUGUUGGAAGAGAUUUUCUCCCGCGCGGCAGCGGAAUCGUGACCAGGCGUCCCUUAAUCCUUCAAUUGAUCAACAUUCCUAGUGACCGUAACGAUACAUCUGAAAACGAUGAAGUCAACAUUCCCCAUACCGCCGCCUCUGUUGCCGGGCAGGGUGAAUGGGCAGAGUUUCACCACCAGCCAGGCAAAAAGUAUGAAGAUUUUUCGCAAGUCAAACAUGAAAUUGAAAAUGAGACCGCUCGAAUUGCAGGAAAUAAUAAAGGAAUAAAUCGGCAGCCUAUAAAUCUGAAGAUAUUCUCCCCUCACGUUCUCAACCUUACGCUAGUCGACCUCCCCGGGUUGACCAAGGUCCCAAUCGGAGAUCAACCCUCAGAUAUUGAGAAACAAACGCGAAACCUGAUAUCCGAAUAUAUUGCGAAACCCAACAGCAUUAUUCUCGCUGUAUCCCCGGCAAACGUGGAUCUCGUUAACUCCGAGGCAUUGAAACUCGCCCGCCACGUCGACCCUGUUGGGAAAAGAACGAUUGGUGUUUUGACGAAACUUGACUUGAUGGACCAUGGCACGAAUGCGAUGGACAUUCUUACAGGCCGCGUAUAUCCGCUGAAGCUGGGUUUCAUUGGAGUUGUGAACCGCUCACAACAAGAUAUCCAAAGCGGGAAACCACUCGCUGAUGCUUUGAGCGCAGAAGCUGAAUUUUUUAGACACCACCCGGCUUAUAGAAACAUGGCUAUACGGUGUGGCACUCAAUAUCUGGCAAAAACACUUAACACUACAUUGAUGGGCCAUAUCCGUGAAAGGCUACCGGACAUCAAAGCUCGCUUGAACACGCUGAUGGGACAAACGCAACAGGAGCUUGCCAGCUAUGGAAAUAAACAGUUCAGCGGAAAGGAACAUCGGGGCUCCUUGAUUUUACAACUUAUGACUCGCUUUGCUUCCUCGUUUAUCUCUUCCAUCGAUGGAACCUCAUCUGAAAUCUCAACAAAAGAGCUAUGUGGCGGUGCACGAAUCUACUACAUUUUCAACUCUGUGUUUGGAAAUUCCCUCGAGACCAUAGAUCCGACCCAAAACCUCUCGGUACUUGACAUUAGAACGGCGAUUCGAAAUUCGACCGGUCCCAGGCCUAGUCUUUUCGUUCCCGAACUCGCUUUUGAUUUACUCGUGAAGCCUCAGAUUAAAUUACUUGAAAUUCCCAGUCAAAGAUGCGUGGAACUUGUUUAUGAAGAACUUAUUAAAAUCUGCCAUACAUGUGGCUCAACCGAGUUAUCUAGAUUCCCGCGCCUGCAGGCCAAGUUGAUUGAAGUUGUCUCGGACCUAUUGCGAGAACGACUUGGCCCUUGUUCCAAUUAUGUGGAAUCCCUCAUCUCUAUCCAACGCGCCUAUAUCAACACAAAUCACCCCAAUUUCCUUGGAGCUGCCGCUGCUAUGUCAUCUGUUAUCCAAAGCAAGCAAGAGCAAGAAAAGAAAGCUGCUCUGGCAGAGGAUAAACGAAAACGCGACAGAAGGCGGCUCAAAGAGAUCGGAGGGGUGAAUGGGACUGGUACUCCUGAUGAAAAUGAAGACCAUCACGAGGAUGAAAGACCACAGGGGCUCCCACUUCGCGGACAUAAGGCCGGAAGAAGUCAUUCGCCUCACCUUGGCAAUCUCGAAGGCAGCAGGAUUUCCUCGUCGCUCAACGGAUUCCAGGCGGCUGCUCAGCCAACUGGAGGCCGAGACUCUUUUCUGAACUAUUUCUUCGGGAAAGAAGGUGCUCUUCCUGCUCCUGGCCCUGCUCCAGGGGCCUCGCGUCAUGUCAGCCAUUCCACGGAGCCAAGCUUCAGCCAGAGUUUCCGUCGCAGCGAAAUCAGAUCGCCCUCCAUUUCACACACUUUUCAAGAUGAAGCUGCUGCUCCAUCUGAAUAUGGUGAUGGGCCAUUGCUUAAGGAUGAUGCCGAGCCGGCUCUUACUGACCGGGAAGCUCUUGAAACGGAGCUUAUCCGUCGUUUAAUUUCAUCCUACUUUAAUAUUGUUCGCGAAACCAUAGCUGAUCAGGUUCCAAAAGCCAUCAUGCAUUUAUUGGUCAAUCACAGCAAGGACGUGGUUCAGAACAGACUGGUCAGUGAACUGUACAAAGAAGAUCUUUUCCCCGAGCUUCUGUACGAGGAUGAUGGGAUCAAAGCGGAGCGAGAAAAAUGCGAAAAAUUGCUCGAAACAUACAAGAAAGCGGCAAAAAUUGUGGGAGAGGUUUUAUAA